GGAAGGAAACCGUCGAGGAGCAGAGCUCUCGCCUUUAUCUCUUCUCCGACGCCGAUGAAGAGGCUUCUCCUCCAACGGUUUUCUUCCUCUUCUUCUUCCCUGAAUCUCAAGAGAUUCUUCUGCCAAUCGUCUGCGGUCCUGACGGUCGACGAGCAUGCCGCCGGCCCCGUUUCCAUCCUCCCCCAAAUGCCCCGUUUCGACUACACCCCGCCUCCCUACGACGGUCCGCGGGCGGAUGAGAUUCUCCGGAAGCGAUCGGAGUUCCUCAGCCCUUCCUUUCCCCAUCUAUACCAGAGACCCCUGAACAUUGUGGAUGGAAAGAUGCAAUACUUAUUUGAUGAGGAUGGUCGGCGAUAUCUGGAUGCAUUUGGUGGAAUUGCUACUAUUUGCUGCGGCCAUUGCCACCCUGAAGUUAUUGAGGCAAUAAUCAAUCAGACAAAGAGACUGCAGCACCCUACUGUUUUGUAUCUAAACAAUGCCAUUGCAGAUUUUGCUGAAGCAUUAGCUUCCAAGUUUCCUGGGGAUCUCAAGGUCGUUUUUUUCACAAAUUCUGGAACUGAAGCAAAUGAGUUGGCCAUGAUGAUUGCUCGUCUCUAUACUAGUUGUCAUGAUAUAAUAUCAAUUAGAAAUUCCUACCAUGGGAAUGCAGCUGGGACAAUGGGUGCAACUGCUCAAUGCAACUGGAAAUUCAAUGUUAUUCAGAGUGGAGUCCACCAUGCACUGAAUCCAGAUCAAUACAGGGGAGUCUUUGGUUCAGAUGGUGAAAAAUAUGCUAAAGAUGUUGAAGAAAUAAUCGACUUUGGCACUUCUGGUAGUGUUGCAGGUUUCAUUUCAGAAGCAAUACAGGGAGUAGGUGGAAUACUGGAAUUGGCACCUGGUUACUUGCCUGCUGUAUACAGAACCAUAAGAAAAGUUGGAGGUCUCUGCAUAGCCGACGAGGUGCAGACUGGAUUUGCACGCACAGGAAGUCACUUCUGGGGUUUCGAAGCUCACGGAGUGGUGCCGGAUAUCGUUACAAUGGCUAAGGGUAUUGGAAAUGGUAUACCGAUAGGUGCAGUGAUUACUACUCCAGAAAUUGCUCAAGUCCUGACUGGCCGAUGUUAUUUUAAUACCUUUGGUGGUAAUCCAGUAUGUACAGCAGCUGGCCAUGCUGUUCUUAAAGUUCUUGACAAAGAAAAACUUCAAGAAAAUGCUUUAAUUGUCGGUGGUUACUUGAAAGAUCAACUCAAGGCACUUCAAGAAAAGCAUGACAUCAUUGGUGAUGUACGGGGAAGAGGUCUGAUAAUCGGAAUGGAGUUAGUCACUGAUCGCACAAAGAAGACCCCUGCCAAAACAGAAAUCUUGCAUGUGAUGGAGUUGAUGAAAGACAUGGGUGUAUUGGUCGGAAAAGGCGGCUUUUAUGGAAAUGUUUUCCGAAUAACUCCCCCUCUCUGCUUCACAAAGGAAGACUCAGGUAUGGUUUCGGAACAAAAGUCUGCUCUCUUGCAUUCGUCUUCGGUUGCUCCAUUUCCUAUCUUUGCUGUCGGUUGUGAUGAGGAAAGAAUACUUAUUAUUAUCUCCUUUAAUACAGAUUUCUUCGUCGAUGUGAUGGAUAUUGCACUAUCCAAGUUAUGAAUUCUCUCUUGUACUUGAAUCGAUAAAUCCAUCUCCGGAUGUUCAUUCUAAAUGCGAAACGAAAAAUGAAACAUCUUCGGUC